AUGGAGGAAUGCAAAGUGCCAACAUUAACAGAAUAUCCCAGGGAAGAAUACAUUUUUGAGAGCAGAGUGAUUCAGAGAAUGGAGCUCUUGGUACUUGAUACACUGGAAUGGAGUAUAGGGUGUAUCACUCCUUCUAAUUUAAUAAAUUAUUUUGUAUCAAGAUUUUGCAUAAACGAUUCAAGGAAAUGUGUGAUCUCCAGAACUGUGGAAAUCAUCUUUGGUGCUCUCAGAGAUAUAAAGUUAAUGAGUGUGAGACCAUCUGUACUAGCAGCAGCGGCUACAUUAUUGAAUAUCCCAAUGGAAGAUUACAUUGUUCAAAUACUGCAGGAUGAUGUGUUUUCUUGCUAUAAUCAAAUGUUAUACCUUAACAAGGAAAUAUAUAAGUCACCCAAGUGCUUAGUAUCUCCUCAAUCGUCACCAAAUCAACUGCUGAGGAAUGGUAAAUUAGAAAAUUCUUCAGUUCCAUCCAAAAGAAAGAGCCUCACUUUCCUGGAGAUUGACCAAAUUGAUGAUAAACCCCAGCAGAAGCGUCUAUGCUAG